CCUCGGAUUAGCAAACAGUAAAAAGGCCCACCCAAUUCCUUCUCCUCCUCCUCCUCCUGCCUUCCAACCCGCCGGCCCGGCCCGGCUCGCCUGCCUGCCUGCCUUCUCGCUUCAAGCCCGCCAGAGCUGCCCCGAGAAACCAGGCAGGAAUGCACUGGUCCCCCAGCAGGCAGAGGGGAAAGCCAGCCAGCCACCGGGCUCGCUCGCCAGCCAACUCCAGGGACCCGACGGAGCAGAGGCGGGUCGGGGCUGCUCUUCAUUCUGGCCGCCGUUCUCACGGUCGCGUAACCACUUUCUCUUCUGCGAGAAGUCCCUUCACGGAGACACCAGCCCCCUCCUCUUUCUGAAGGGUGUCAAUUUCCCGGCAGGAAAAGUUAACCGGGGACCCACGAACAAAGGUACCCCACCCACCGAGUGUGGGCAGCCGGUGAGGCAGGAGAGGAGCAGGUUCUGGCGGAGGCGCCCCAUGUUCAGACGUUCACACCUCAAAAUCCUCCUGACUGGGAAUUCAGGGGUGGGCAAGUCUGCCCUGAUGAACCAGUACGUUAAUAAUCGCUUCAGCAGCCGCUACAGAGCCACCAUUGGGGCUGACUUCCUCAGCAAACAAGUACACAUAGAUGGACAGACUCUGACGGUACAGAUCUGGGACACGGCUGGCACAGAAAGAUUUCAAUCACUGGGAACUGCCUUGUACCGGGGGUCCGAUUGCUGCCUCCUUGUCUUUGAUGUCACCUCUGCCAGCUCUUUCCAGGCCCUGGAUAAGUGGCACAAACAGCUCUUGUUGCAGAUUGAGCCAGAGGAAGAACCCACUUUCCCCAUCGCAGUCAUUGGGAACAAGACUGACCUAGAGAAUCAUGAGGUCUCGUCAGAGGAAGCCGAACUGUGGAGCAAGCUUCAUGACGCCAAAUAUUUCGAAGCCAGUGCCAAGGAAGCUACCAAUGUCCAGGAGGUGUUUGAGUGGGCCAUACGGGCUGUGCUGAAGAAUCGCAGGGCACCUGAACAGCCAGAACCUGACGCAGUGCACCUGGAGACCAGGCCACCAGAAGGGGGACACCGGGAGAAGUGUGGCUGCUGAGGAACUCAAAACACAGAUGGGAAGAUUCUCCUUUCUUCUCACAUAGGCUGAAGGAGUGAUCCUUCAUGCAUUAUGAGAACUGAUGCAGCAGAGAAGAGUUCCCCAGGACAGCUGGCAAAACAAAACUGCGGUGCUUGGAUCCCAGUACAGAUCUCUGCCUCUCCGAAAGAGGCAGCCUUCUUUUUGGGAGGGAGCUAGAUCAUAUUGUAGGCAGCUUGGAAAUUUGUAUUCCAAUCUCAUGAGCUUCCAAAGUAAAAAAAAAAA